UAGGAAAAGUGCAAAGUUAUGGCUUUGUAAAUCUUAAUUCAACUUCGUUUUGAGGAAUGUAUCGAAUUUUAAGGGAACAUUUUCCGAUUGAAUAACAUUUUCUUUAAAUAGCCAUUUCAUAACAUCUUUGAGAAACAACGCAGGCGCAAUGACAUCAUCAAGAGUUAACAUGGAGGACAACAUCGAAGUAGCAGUCCUUCCCCUUUAGUUUGACAUAACCUUGCGAUGGCUUCGUUUCAAAAGACAUUUAGGAAGAGUGGAAGUCAUCAUGCUGAAUUUCACUCUCUUCAAGGGGUCGACGUUAAAAUUGGAGAAAAAUUCAGACCACCGAAGAAGGUGACAUUACCAGUGGGAUGGCAACAAAAAGAUCCCUCAUUUGCCCUGAGCUUAACAUAUGACUUCAGCCUUGAAAGAGAUGUCAUUGCUAAAGCGGAUGCACUCAGGGCUUCAAAACAGGAACUAUCAGAAGCUUCCUCAGCUGAAUCUCAAGUGACAAGUUCUUCCACAGAAACUCUGCCUAGUCAAAAUUCAGUAUUUUCCAACGUUGGAACUGAAAUUCUUCAACCUGUGGUGGCACCUGGAAGAGGGCAUAAGAAAAAGGACAGCUUUGGGGGAAAGGGGAAAAAUGCAUUUGACCUUGCAGACUUUGAAGGUGACACGUCAACACCAUUUGAGCUGGUAGAAUUACAGACGAUAAAUGAUUUAGAUGAACUUAAAAAUGUCCUUCAACCUAAUGCAGUACCCUUGGCAACAACAGAAAACUCAUCUAGUUCAUGCGAUUAUAGAGCACGUGGUCUUCCAACUGGUUCACCUGGGAGUGAUGUUAGUCUAACUGCAAGCAAUGUUCCACUUUCAGGGAAUUCAUUAAUUGAUAUUUCUAGUUCUGCUAAUGUGUUGCAAAAACCAUCACCUCCGAUAAUAAGUAGAACUGCAGAUACAAGAAGGUCACCUAAUGCCAAUAUAGGGGGUACAUUGUUAGUGGACAUUGGAGAAAUGAGGACUAGCUUGGUAACUCCUCCUACAAUUAUUUCAGCAAGGAAUGAUUCUGUUCCAAGUAGUUCUUUACCAAAUACAAGGUUUCUUCCCAAAGACAGGCCUCUCUCCAGAGGAGGAUUAUUGCCUCCCAUUGGACAGAGUUUUCCUUCGUCAGGGUCUCAACAGCCACAAGGACAGCAACCCAUGCAAAUCGCAACACACACUAGCGAGAAUACAAAUUCUUACCAAGGUGGGAUUUAUAGUUUUCCUAAAACUCCUCCUCUACAAGGACAAGAGAAAACCACUAAAGAACAGGAAAUUAAACCAAACUAUGGACAUUAUGUUACUCCUCCCUCUGUUUGUAGUUCAAGAGAACCACAGUGGAAUGUGCCAAGGUCUCCCGACUCUCAGAAUACAGGGGCUCGCUAUCCUGCUCCUUUGCCUCCAAUUUGUACUUCACCAGAAGAAUGGCAAACCAGCCUAUCAGCGGAUGUAGAGCAUGCAUAUAGAUCCUCUCUACCAGAUCCGUGGCCUGUUUUAGAUGAAUCAGAGCAGUCAUUUGUUCGCAACAUUGCAAGCAUGGGCUUCCCUACACCUCGUGUAAGUAGGGCUGUACAGAGACUUGGAAUGAAGGACAGUGAGGUUAUGGAAUUUCUUCUUGCUACACAAGAAUUAUGUGAAAUGAACUAUCCAGCAGACACUGUAGAAGUUGCCCUUGUGUACACUAACACUGAGAAAGCUAAGGCAGUAGAAUUUCUUGAACUGGUGAAAAAAUUUAAGGAAUAUGGCUUCAAGGAGAAUAAUAUACUGGAUUGUCUCCAGGCUGCUAACAAUGAUGGUGACAAGGCUCUGGAAUAUCUUAUGACUCUUUCAUCUACAUAACAACUGUUUAGAGUUAAGAGAGACUAUCAAAUGAAUGUUCAGUUCUUCUCUGCAUAUGUUUACAAACUGCCCGUGUUUAAAGAGGAACCUUGGCUGCUUGGUGGCUUAAAACUUGAAUAUUAGGAUUAGUUCUAUGAUUCUUAUCAUUAACUCUAAAAGAAUUUGUUAUUAUAGUAAUCUAAAUGAAAAUGAUUGGUUAGCUUUGUAUUUAAGAAUGUCAUAGAAAUAUACGGAUAUUACUUGUGUGAAAACUGUAAUAACAACUGCACAUGACUAAAUAGCGGCAUGUUGCAUAGUGAUAAUAUUUCCCGGUGAAAAGCAAUAAUGCCCAGUUAUAUGCAGAGCACAGUGAAAUGUGUGGACAAAUCAGUCUUUUGGCUUGCAUAGCAUGCACAAGAUCAUCAGCAUAUAUUCCUUAAAAUCUAUUAUGUGCAUUCAGCAUAUAUGAGUGAGUGUAGGAAACAACUAAUAGGGACCUAGCAGCAAUGAGAUUGAUGCACAUAAGGGAACACUUCUAAGGGGUUUGAAGCAGACGCUGCAGGCCAUAAGGGAAUGUACUGAAGGGUCAUUAUUCAGUUACUCUGUGUUUAUGAGGGAACUUGUCACAGGGACUAAUGUAAUUCACUCCUGUUAUGACUGUUGUGUAUUGUCAUGUCUCUGCAGGGUCACAUUUUUCGCUUGACAGGAAAAUCGCUUGUUUAUUCAAUUUGUUCCUGGAAUUAUCCUGUUGGUUUAAACCUGUUCGAAUAUUAGGGACAAAGUUUCAAUAAUUAUAUAUCUUUGAACUAAAGGGAGUUGUUAACCCUGCUUCAAGCAGGAAAUACUUCUCACCUCUAAUGAACCGACCAAAAACUACAACUGGAUUGCUUUCCUCUUGAGUAUUUAAAGGUGACAUGAUUUUCGUACUCGUUUGUACUUGCCCAAGCCUUUUAAAAGCUUCUGUACACUUCCUUUCAACAAGACUGCCUUUAGUACAGUAGAAAUCAUUUGGUUUCCUACGGUGGCCUUACCAUUUUGUGCAAGUACGAAUGAGUUCACUUGUAUUGCCAGUUUACAAAGCUAGUUUUUAUCCCAAAUGUUUUAUUAGUAGAUGAAAAGAGUAAAUAGAUUUGUUGCUAGCUGAAUUAUUUGAUUACAGGAUAAUACGUUUUUAUUUUAUUUUGUUCAUAGACCAGGCAGUAUCUGGUGCUUAAUAAUUGUGAAAAUAAUGUUAGAUUUAAUAAACAUUGCAGACCAACAAGACAAAAAAAGCUAUUAUAAAAUGCAGUUUUAGGAGCUUUUAUUAGUCAUCUAUUAUUUGCUCCCCCCGUGCCCGACCCCCAAACACUAUAACAAGUGUUUUUAUUUAAAGAAUUAUAUUUACAAUAGUAUGACAAGGCGUAGUGUGACAUUAAAUGGUACGACAUGACAUGAAAUAACCUGUCAUGUAUUUUAGUUGUAAUGUGAAUAAAAAGAACAAUUCUAAUUAUAGUUCAUUGGUACUAAAUUAAUGAGGUGUUAAAAAUGAUAACAUAGGCCUCAUUCUGACAAAUGAUCAUGGGAAAAUUUGAUAGUACGAAUAGGAGCACAACACGACAGAUGGCCUGUUGAGCUGUUGCUUUUAGUGGUAUUUUCUCUUUAAAUUCCCAUACAACCCAUUCAUAGUACAUGGCUCGUAAGGAUAGUGCCUACUAAGUACAAAGGUCUUUUGCCUUGCGUGAUGCGCAGAAUAAAUGCGCACAAACAAAAGUGGGCACCGCCCUUAAUGUCAAGUGGGUUCAAAAUAUACCACAAAAACACUGCAAAACAAUACACAGUCUAAAAUUAGAGAAGAAUCCCGUUAAUACGAUCACCAUUGGACUACACAAUUGUGCUAUUAAAGGCGUUCUUAAAGUAAGCUUGUAAAAAAACAACCAAGUAACGGGUUUCUUCGGGCCAAAGAAGUGGCCGUAAUGUUAAACGAAGUAGUUUUUUAUCUUAUAACUGUUGAUGUUGUUGAAAACAGUUUAUCUAAUGAGGUAACAUCCCGUGUGUGAUCCAAUGACAGUCUUGCUAGUUAUACGAACAAAAAUUACCGCA